AUAUAACCUAAAAAUAAAUUAACAGCUCAUCUCAUCUCAUCCAGUUUGCCUCAACUUCUCCUCUGUAAAUAUCAUUCUGUUCUUUAUAAUCCAAAGAAGAACAGAAUUUACUUCUGCCGGAAAAUCUUAUCCAAUUUGGUUGUAGUUAUAUUACCUUAUAUGGUAUCAGGAAUCUAGCCGGAUAUGAUCGGCAGAUAGUCGGAAUCCGGUAGGUUUUUUGAGUGAGCAUUUGUAGACACUUAUCUCUAAUAUUAAUCUUUUUCUAAGCUUUUCUCUCUAGCCCCAUCUCUAUUUUCCAUUCACCAUCUCUGCUUUUCAUUGAGAGAAAUGGGAGCUGCAACUUGUUUGCAAUUGUCACAGACACUAGCACCUCAAAUUCACUGUUAUUCAUCUUCUUCUACGAGAGGAAUCAGUCAUAAUGAUCGUGUUCUUGCUCCUCGUUUCAAUCGUUCUUCUCUGUUCGGAUUGAAUUCCACAAACUCACUUAAGUUUCAAUCUCCCGAACCUCGUCAGAACUUAAACUUAAUGAAGACAGCUUGUAGUGCAAAUUUCAAUCAGUUCUCCGGUGAAGAAGAAGAUUUAUCCGAUGAAGAAUUUUCUAAGCAAAUUCUUGAAUUGGCGAAAAAGUUUCAGCUUUCCGGGGGCGCUGAUGAUUCCUCAGAAACUAAUAAUAACAAUAACAUUAGUCAAUCGGUAGAUUCAGAAACUAAAAUAAUUUCUGAAUCGAGGUUCAAAGAAUUUGAAUUUAGUAAAGAAUUCGGUUUUUUGAAUGAAAAAAUUAACAGUAGAAUUCCGUUUCCUGAGCAACCGGAAUGGGCAGGAACCGUAGAUAUAAUUCCAGCAGUGAUCGAAAGAAAAGCAAACAGUGUCGAUCUACCGAUAUCUCUUCGGAUUAUAAAGCGAAAGAAUCAAUGGGAAGAAGGGUUUAAAGAAGCAGGGGAAGUCGCUUCAUGUUCAGUAAAGAAAGCAUUUUCGUCAAUGGUGUUUAUAAUCAGAGAAAUCCAAAGCUACACUUUACAAAUGAGAGAAGUCUUGUUCUACGAGAAUGUUCAAGGAAUUCUUUCUCGAGUUCAGAAAGAAAUGAACGCGUCUUUCGUCUGGUUAUUUCAACAAGUUUUCUCUCAUACCCCAACUCUAAUGGUUUCUGUUAUGAUCCUCCUUGCGAAUUUUACAGUUUAUUCGAUGUCGAAUAAUACUGCAAUUGCAUCUCCAAUCAUUCCACCAGUAGUGGCAACCGAGAGUAUCCAAGUAACCGAAAGUUAUCAGACGAUUCAGCCAAAACCAGUGUUUGAUUCUUCAUCAAUCAAGAAUUUCUCUGUCUCACCAAUCGGAGGAAAUAACAAUGGCAAUGGCAAUGGGAAGAUUAAGUUAAAUGCAAGUGGAGCGGAAGGUGGGGAUGGAAAUUUAUCAUCUACUUCGAAUUUGCGUCGUUCGAUUCUUCCAGAUGAAAUAUCUCAAGAAGUUUCGUCAAUUGGAAACACUAAAGAGAUAGUAAUGCGAGAAGAAGAAGUGAAACUAUGGAAUUCAAUGGUUGAAGAAGCUUCAAAAACAAGAGACGAAAGUUUAGAUGAAGAAACAAUGAAACGAUUCGUAUCCCCUGUAAAACUUGAAGUCGAACAAGAAGAUUUCACCGUAUAUUUCAAGACUGAACUUCUUUACCAACUCGCUUUGUGGAAAGAACCUCAGAACCCUCUUCUUCUCUCUAACUACGCCCAGUUUCUCUAUCUCGUCGUUCAUGACCAUGACAGAGCGGAAGAUUACUUCAAUCGUGCAAUUAGUGUUGAAUCAGUGGCACCAGAUGCAGAAAUUCUAAGUCGUUAUGCGAGUUUCUUAUGGCUAGCAAAGAAAGAUAUAGGAGCAGCGGAAACAACAUACUUGGAAGCAAUAGCGGCAGAACCAAGCAACCCAUUCUAUGCAUCAAAUUAUGCUCAUUUUCUAUGGAGUACCGGUGCUGAUGAUACUUGUUACCCAUUAAACUCUCCUUCCAAUUCUACUUCUUUCAGUACCACCAAUGAUGCUUAGAUAUAUUAAGACUAGUAUAUACGAUGAUGUAGGUUUAGCUCAUAAGUCCCUUAUAAAACUAGUCACUGCUCUCUUUAUCUACAUCUUUUUUUCUCAUUUUUUUCUCAAAAUUACUUGUAAUUGAUUCAAAUUUCAUAGCAUCAAUCAAUAUAGGAUAUGAAAUGAGAUACGAAAGAGAUGAAUUAUCUAA